GUAGUGGCGGGUGACGGUUUCGGGGCCGAGCUCGGCCAUAUUUCCUCUCGUGGGUCUCACAGGCAAGAGGGAAGGUGGUGCGGUUCCAACGGCGAAACAAUUUUCAAGGAGACGAUGAUCGUGUCGUGCGCGCGCGUCUCGUAACCGAUCAUCGUGCAGUGUAGUGCAGUGCGGUGAAGCGACUCAAGCUGAACCGGACCCAAGAAUGUCCAAGGGAAACGGCAAUUCGGUCGGCAGGCGGCCGUCGUCGCGCAAUGCGAAGCCCUACGACGCUAACAACUCAUUUGUAAGAAAAAUGGCGACAAAGGUAACAGAUUUUAUACCACAAUCAUCAUGGAUUAGUAAGUGGUUCAAUCCUCUCCAAGGUAAUGAGAAUGCAUUAGAGAGAAGAGAGAAUACUGAGGAAACAGAAGAUGAUAUCCAGCAGCCUCCUCCUAACAAGCGAUCACGUAUUUGUAUGGAUACUAUUCAUCCACCUGGCACAUUUUCUAUACAAACAAGAAAUAAAAGUGCAUUAAACACGAUUGAGCAUUCAAAGGAGCAAUUUCCUGUUCAUAAUGAAGAUUUUUCGGAACUUACAAUGGCUGGAUCAAGUGGGAUAAGCCAUUUAAUAUCUUCGACUCCUGCAAUGCCAGCAGACAUUAGGACUGUAACGUCACACAAAUCUGACUUAAAUUUAGCUUCAUCAAUUAAUAAUGGGAUAAUAAAUGGAAUUGAUGAUAAUUCAGAGUCAAGUGAAAGUACCAGUGGAUGCAGUUCACUUAUUCCACAAAUAAAUAGACACGAAGGCCCAUCAAAUUUGUACAAUUCAACAUUUACCAAUAGAAAGAGACACAUUGAUGAUAAAUUGACAUUUACUAAUCAUUUACAAUCUCCAAGAUCCUUGUUUCUAGAUAGUAAUUCUCGUGAUACUUUAAGCAGUCGUAGACCAAGUUUUAAUGCAUCAGUUAUGACAAAUGUUCUAGACCGCACAUCUCCUCUGUCCUCCCCUUUUUAUAGCGGUAAUAUCACUUUUGGGGGUGCAAAUGCAGCAGGUUUUUACAAGCAAAAUCGUAAUGUUUUUAAUAAUUCAAGUGAGUUACAACUUAAAGUUCCAAGGAGAACGAAUGUUGAAGUUAAACCUUCCAAUGCAGUAGAUGAUUCGUCGGGUAUGAGUCAAACUGCAAAAAAAAUAUUGGAAGCAUUAGAACAUUUUUCAUCACCUAUAUCUGAUGCAAAGAAAAUUCCAUUAAAAACUCCAAAUACUUUAUUGUCGGUAAUGAGCAAAAAAAGAGCGCGAGAAGAAAUAGCGAAUCCAUCUGCUAGGAUCGGCUUGCGUCAUUUGACGCGUGAAUUGACAGUACCAACCGUUCCCGAUAUAUUGAAACUAAGAAGACGGCAAAAACUGCAAGAUACAACUCUUGCAGCUAGAAAAAUUGUUUCUUCUCGCAGUGAUCCACCGCCGCCUCCACAGGAAUAUCGUUUGAGGAUGGAUGAUGCUGAUAAUGAAAAAUAUCGUGGCAAGUUGAAGGGCAAAUCUAAAAUAAAUCUAGAACAAGAAGAAACAGUGGCACCUGUAAAUUUGCCAAAUGUACCUCUACCAAUAACAACAUUACCCAAUUUCAACUUCACGCUACCAUUUCCUGCUUUACAUUCUGCAGGAAAAGCUAUAGCAAAUAAAGAAAACACUUUCACAUUUGCUAGUCCCAUUAAAAUACCAGAUGUUGAAAAAAAUUUUCAAUCUGUCAAAGAUUACACUUUCAGUAACCCAAUCAAUGCUGAUGAUAGCAUAAAUAAAACAAAUGAUUCGAGCUCGUGUUCGAUAACAGAGAAAGUUGGGUCUACUGCAUUCUCCUCUACUGAUACCAUCACAUCGAUACCACUCCACAGUACAACUACGUCUAUGCCGAAUUUUAUUUGGUCCGGUUCAUCUACAGCGCCUAGAUUAAAACCAAAAAUAAAAAACAACAAGAAUGAUCUUGUCGAACUUAUGGUCGAGCCUGAACAAAAGUCGGAAAGUGUUAUGAAUGUAUCGUGCUCCAAGUCUAACAAAAUAGAAUCUGUUUUAACUGAACAAUCAAACUCGGGAUUAAUUUCUGAAAUGAUACAUACAGAUAAGAUUGCCAGUGCAUCUAUCAGCCCAGAUUCAGAUAUCAAGAACAUACAUGAUGUCAUGUUGUCUUGGGAGUGUAGUGAAUGUUUGAUCAAGAACAGUAGCACAGAUAAACAGUGCACUGCGUGUAAAAUUACUCGACCAAAUCCUAAUGACAAAACUUUGUCAACAUGCUCAACAUCAACGACAGAUACCGUCGUAAAAUCGAAACCAAUCGCAGAUGAUUGUUUUGGCUCCCAAUUUAAAUUGUCUACAAAUCAAUGGGAGUGUACAACAUGUUGCAUAAAAAACAAGCAGAGUGAUGUCAAAUGUGUGGCAUGCUCUACACUAAAACCAGGAAGUAAUGCAGAUACGAUGCAGCAAACUGUCAAAUCUCAAAACAAUGAUCUAAUGGAAAAGUUUAAACCGGCUGAAGGAUCAUGGGAAUGUCAUGGUUGCUUGCUAAGAAAUGCCGCGAAUGUUAUUACAUGUCCUUGUUGUAAUGCAUCUAAACCUACUUCCAUAAGAACAAACCUGAAGAAGACAGAUACUGUUACAGAAUUAUCAUCACAAAAGUCGAGCACUGAUGACAUAGAUAACACAGCAACACAGGAAACAUCUAGUAAUUAUCAAAUAAUGGAUAAAUCACCUAAACCUACUUCCAUAAAUACAAGUCCGAAGAAGACAGAUACUGUUACAGAAUCGUCCUCACAGAAGUCAAACACUGUUGAUACAGACAACACAACAAUGCAGGAAACAACAUUGAGUAAUAAUGAAAUAAUGAACAAAUUUAAACCAAACAAAGAUUCCUGGGAGUGUCCAGGGUGCCUUGUGAGAAACAACAAUUCUAUUACUAUCUGUCCUUGCUGUAGCACCUCUAAACCUAAUUCUCUUGGUGAACCGAGCAACGCAAAUCAGACAUCGACUAAUGGAUUUGGAGACAAAUUUAAAAAGCCGGAAGGUUCGUGGACUUGCGACUCUUGCUUGAUACAAAAUGAUGCAAGUCAUACACAAUGUAUGGCUUGUCAAGCUUUGAAGCCUGGUACUGUAAAAUCAAGCAAUCCUGUAUCGAGCACUAGCUCUACUUUGCAGUUCAAAUUUGGUGUACCAUCUAAUACACCAAACUUAGCUAACCAACCAAGCGGUUUUAAUUUCGGCAUAGAUAAGGCUGAUAAUCACUCUAACUCUGAUACUGCAUCUCCCUUAAAUGGAUUUAAAUUUGGUACACAGCAGGCAACGCAUAACACUUCCACGAAUGCAACGACUACUUGUCUUCCAACUUUUGCUCAACCUACUUUCACAUUUUCCCAUUCAAAGACAUCUCAGUCAGCCACGAUACCAACUUUCGGCCAAGUUCCGACAUCAUCCGCCGCAUUAUCUACGAAUCUAUCAUUUGGAGAAAACAAGCUAGCUGAAACAUCCACUUCGUCGUCUAACAAAUCCGCAAAUGAUACACCAGCUGCUACGCUCUUCCCAAUCGUGUCGAGUUCCACACCGCUUUUCAACAAUAACGAAUCGAAAACGUCGAUAGCAUUUGGCACGGAUAAACCGACGUUUGCUACAACAGACAGUACCAAGUCAUCAGGAUUCGCCAUGUCCGAGAAAAUUCCAACAUUUGGCAGUAACACGCAAGAUAAUAAGCCAUCAAUCUUUGGGACGCCAGAAACGAAAUUACCCGCUGUAUUUAAUUCGCCCGCGGUAAAUCCUCUACCGACCUUCGGCAUCCAGCCUCCGUCCAGCAGCAGCGCUACUCUGUCACUCUUCGGAUCAUCCAAUAAUUCUGCAGCUUUCGGAAAUAACACUACGCCCGCUUUCGGUGGCACCGCAACGACGCCCGCUACUCUGUUCUCAUCUACCAAGACCAGUGUUGAAACUAAUCCAGCAUCGAAUUCUUUAUUUAAAUUCGGCUCGGCAUCGUCACAGCAACCAGCGACAGGCAGUGGAUUUAACUUCUCCGCGAAUGUUAAUCCGGCAUCGAGUCCGUCUACGAAACCUCUCUUCGCAUUUGGUAACAAUUCGAAUACAUCGUCGAGUAGUAACAAUAUGUUCGGUAGUGGUACAUUCGGAGCUAAUACUGCUUCGACGAAUAACAAUGCCAGUUUUGCGUUUAAUACACCUAAACAAGAAACAUCGGUGGCAUUCGGUCAGGGCGCAGUAACAACUCCGAUGUUCGGUGCCCCGCAGGCAAAUCCACAGACUCAAGCAACAUCACCAUCGUUUUCGUCUACCCCUUUGUCCAGUACAGGAUUCAAUUUUGCAUCUGCAGCUCCACCCGCAGCGUCAGGAGGCUUUAACUUUGGAGGAAUGUCGUCCACGUCAACUGGAGGAUUCAAUUAUAAUCCUCCUACUACUACUCCCCCAGUAGUUUUUGAUCCCAACAGUCGGCCUUCAUUCAACUUCACUAAAGGAAGCGUACCAACAUCAUUUAAUGCUCCACCCCAAUCGGCAGCACCACAACGGAAAAUCAAAAAAGCAUUUCGAAGAAAUGCAUGCAUGCGGUAGAGAGCAUGUGACAUAUAACGUUCACACAUAUACAGGUGCGUCCCUAUAUCUAUCUGUAUAUCUGGGUGUGUCCCUGUAUGUAUGUCAAGCGUUAUACAAUAUGUAAAAUGAAAUUUUGUCAUACAAUUCAAUCGAUCACAUCAGUGUGGUGAUAUAUACCAAGCAUCUUUGUAAUAUAGUAACCCGAAGUUAACCCCCGAAUAUGCUUGCGUACAACCACUUGUGUUCUCUCUACAGAAAAAGAAAUGUAAAUUAUAAAUAUUAUUUAAAUUAUACAGUAAUAAUGAAAAUAAUACCUUGGAGUUGGCAUGAAGCCGUAAUGUGAAAUCGUAAUGCUUUUGCAUUACUAAGACCUUACCAAAAAAGAAAAAAAAAUCAGACGUGGUGCGUAUGUAUCAACAUAACGUACUCAAGAUACCAUUCAUAUUUACCGAAAUUGAAAAAUACCUCGAUAAAGAAAACUUAAAAUAAGCACUUAACAUGUGCAAUCGAAGAUUAAAAACUAGUGGGAGAUUGUCACCCGCUCAGGUAAGUAUAAGUCAGUCACAGCUCGUAGCAUUGUUGUUUGAAGAACCUUGAAGAAUAUAUGCUAUACUUAUUCGGAAAAGAUAUAAAUUUAAAAGCACAAAUAUAAAAUAAUUUUCAUUGAAUGUUAUACACAGAGCAGAGAGGACAGCUAAAUAUAUAGUUACAUUUGAAUAUUUUUGACAUAUUUGAAUAUAAGCAAAGAUCUCUCGAGAAAAAAAAACAGAGAAGUUUGAGAGGAUAAAUAUAAUAAUUCUCUCUCAUAAUAAUUUUAAUAAAUUAAAUUAGAUAGUUUUUAUAUUAUUUCAUAAUUUUAUUAUAUAAUUUUAUAUAAUUUAUUAUAUUUGAUUCUUUAAAUACUAUGUGUAAUAUUUUACUGAGAAAUUUAUUUGUGUUUACUAAAAGUAUAAGAAAUAUUAAAUGUUUUGCUGCCUUCUAUAUAGUUUUUUAUUAAAAUCUUUAAUUUUUCUAUGUGUAUGCAUUACAAUAUCUUCCAUUUAAUGAGAGUUGCACCAAUUAUUAAAAAAAAAUCGUAUAAAAUUCUGUAUGUAAUUAAACGAUCACAUUAGUUGUUAUUUUUGAAAAUGUCCAUGUAUGUCCAUGUAUAUGGACAAUAUCAGUCCAAAGAUAUUUGUAAAAUAUCGUGACAUUGCGCACGAGCAUUGUGAACUGACUAUAUAUCAAUAAAAUCCCACUAUAUACACAUAUAUGCAUACACGCGCAUUAAUUAUAUUUUAAUUAGAAUUUCGUGGACAGCCCUACACAAUCUUUGUAGAGAACUAGUCCAGGAAAAGUGUAAUAUACACAAAAAUGGCAUUCGGAUAGUACAAACUGACGAUUACUGAACGUUUCCAUUGAGUAGUCGAAAUUGUAUAUUUUUUUUAUAUUGAAUGAAAUAAUUCUAUAAGAAAUAACUGAAUGCCAUUUUGAUAGAAUUAUAUUAUAAUGUGUGUUUUAUCAUAGAAUGAAUGAAAUCAAUUCGAAAGAAGGACACGAUGAAUGGGAAUAGAUUAUUACGGGGCUUCUAAAGAGUUUUUUUCUAAAAUUUUAUAAAAUAUAUAAUUCUUUUGUUCAUCGAGAUUUCUGAAUCUUUUUCUAAUUGUAUAUUAGUUUUCAAUUAUUAUUAUUAUCAAUACGCGCUUAUAUGUAUACUAAAGUGACAUAAGUAAAUAAAGAUUUAAUUCAAUUUAAUAUUAAAAAUUUGAUCAAUAUACUUCUUUCUAUCAAUUUGUAUAUUAAAAUGUUUAAUAUAUAAAUUGAUAGAAUGAUCUCAUUUAUAUAAUCUUAAAUAUCAUUAAAACAAAACGAGUCAAAAGAAAUUUUUGGAAACUUUCUUCAUUGUUUGGCUAUUGCAAAUAAUAUUAUUAAUAUGUUUAUGUACUAUUAAUACGUAUUAUGUAUUAUUUAUACGCAUUACGUAUUAUUUAUACAUAAUAAAAAGUAAAAAAAAAAUAUUUUUGAUUUGUUGACUUUUUAAACAUUCGAAAAAUGUUUUCUUUUAGUACUUAAAGAGAGUUUAUGAUUUAGAAAAAAGUAAUUAGAUAUUUUUUUUAAUAAAAUAUCUUUAUAAUGAGAUACACAAUUCACACUCAAAUAAUGAAUAAACUUUUGUAAGUGCAAUUCUUAGAAUAACAUUAAUUUAUGACACUAAUUUUGGAAUUUUACUACUUCAAUAGCUAAGACUGUAAGCUAUUCUUUUUAGAAGUCCCUAAAGUGGAAAGUAGUUAAAUGGUAUAUAAUAAUGAUUAAUGAAUCAUUGAAAUCAUGCACAUCUUAUUUAAGAUUAGAUUAGUUGUGUACAAUGUUGGCUUAGAUCUGACAGUAGCCAAAAAUAACUCGGCACAUGACCCAUCUUAUGCCAUAUUAGACAUCUAGGUACAAAACAUUCUGUUAAUACGUUGUUAUUUAUCUUUGUUGUUAUAUAAUAUUUACAUGUAAACACAUUGAGAGACUUUUUAAGUUCUAUACAUUAUUAAGAGACAAAAAUUCAUAAUAACUUUAUGUUAAGCACUUGUAUUUUUAACAUUGUCAAAAUACCCUUUGUAGGUACUUCCCGUUUAAUAUUUAAACAGUGUUGAUUAAAUAUGUAAUACAUUAGCUAAUAUGAGUGAUUUUAAGAAAACUUUCCUGUGAUGCAAUUGAAGGUUAAUCUCGAGUAAUGAUAAAUAAUUAAUAAUUUAAAAAUUAAUUCGGGAUUAAUAUAUAGGGAUAAAAUUGUUUUAGUUUUUAAGAGAAAGAAACUCGUACCGAACAACCUACAAAGGAUUUUUUGAACAUAAUUAAGUGAUUGACACGACUCUGUUUUACAUGAUUACAAAACAAAGGUAUUGUAAUUAAUGGUAGAGUGAGGCUGCGCUGAGAUAUGUCUGUGCUGCUGUCUUACACUGUGAACAUUCUCUGUUGAGGCUGUGUCGUCCAUUUGUCUAUGAAUAGACAAAUUUCCAAAUUAAUAUAUCGAAUAUGUUGCCUGUGAAAAGGCAAUAUCUUUAUAUUAAAUUUCGCGUAUAUAUGGCCUUAUAAAUACAUAUUGAACGUAUGACGUAGAUGUAUAACGACUAUAAGGCAAAUCGUAUUGGACUUGUUUUGUAGCUUUAUUUGCUCUCUGUUCUAAUAUGUUUGCAUAAAUAUCCGAAGAGUACUGCAUUAAAAACAUUCAACAGUAGAUAUGUAACAUCUUAUGACUAAUGGAAAUUCUCAUUUUGGUAUCUACAUAUUUUUAUUGGAUUUAAUAUUACAAUGUAUGUAUUAUUUAAUUAUUAUAUAUAAUAUCAUUAGCAGUAAUUGUGUUGAGAACUGAAAAGAAGAUUUUAAUAUAUUUUUCUUGACUA